UCUUGUGUUGUCAGCUAUGGCCGACACGUUGCAGAAGUGAGAGAGAAGUCAAAUACAGAAUGAACCAAAUGGUUUUACGGGAGCGAUUAGCGGCAUGGGAGGCCAAGACCGAUACCGUGGCUCCUUUAACAGAAAAGCAGAGGGACAGCAUCAUGGAGCUGACCACUCAGUCUGCUGUACGCCCGCUUCCGAUAGAGCUUCCACUGGAAGACUUCCCAACCAUAACUACUCAUAUGAAUGAUGGCAGCUCUGUUGAUGUGGACAGUGUUGGAAAGUGCCUGGCAGAGUUUGACUUAGGGGGACAGAAAGUGGAGAAUGCUCAGCAGUUUUUCUCCUGGUUUGCCGAAGUGGAGGAGAAAAUGGAGGCUGAAGAAGAGGAAGGUCAGAGAGCAUUCAUAGAGCAGCUUCAAGAGUACAGAGACCAAUGCACACAAGUAUUGUCUGAAGUAUCGCACUCUCUGGACCAUCUUAAAGCUCUGCAGUCUCAGUACGUGCUGGUGUCAACGAAGACCAAUGCCCUGCAUGAAGCAUGUGAGCAUCUUCUAGCCGAGCAGACAAAGCUGGUGAAUACUGCGGAGAGCAUUAACAACAGGCUGUCCUAUUUCAAUGAGCUAGAGAGGAUAUCUAGUAAACUCGGCUCUCCCACCCUGGCAGUGACCAGUGAAUCUUUUGUGCCCAUGCUUAGCAGGCUAGAUGAGUGCAUUGCCUACAUACAGGGAAAUCCCCAGUACAAGGAGACCCACACGUACCUGGCCAGGUUUAAGCAGUGUCUGUGCAGGGCUCUCACUUUGAUCAAGACCCAUGUAGUCAACCUACUGCAGAGCGCUACACAACAUGUUUUACCCAAAAAGGAUGGUCCUCCCCAGAGUGAGAAUGCUUUCACUCUAUUUUAUGGCAAGUUUCGCACCAAUGCUCCCAGAGUGAAGUCCCUGAUGGAACAGAUUGAGCAAAGAAUUGACAAGAGUCCAGAAUAUUCCCAGAUGCUGACCGACUGCCACCAGUGUUAUUUCCAGCAAAGACUGACACUUCUUGGUCCCAGUGUCAGCUCCGCACUUACGGACCUGUCCACUAAACAUGUCAGAGACCACUGCGCCCUGAUGCGCAGUGGAUGUGCUUUCAUGGUCCAUGUUUGUGAAGAUGAAUAUCAGCUGUUUUCUCAGUUCUUUACACAUCAUACUACAUUAUUAGACUCAAUGUUACUUGGGUUGUGCAAUCAGCUUUACGAUGUUCUUCGGCCUCUCAUUAUACACGUGAAUCAUCUGGAGACCUUGGCAGAACUCUGUAGCAUAAUGAAGGUUGAAAUGCUGGAAGAACAUGUACUGCAUAACCCCAAAGAGCUACAGGCAUUUGAGACAGUCUGCCUUCAGAUGCUGGAAGACGUCCAGGAAAGACUAGUGUACAGAACUCAUAUCUACAUCCGGUCCGACAUCUUGAAUUAUCAUCCUGCAGCUGGCGACUUGGCGUAUCCUGAAAAACUUGAAAUGAUGGAGAGCAUAGCAGAGAGCAUAAAGCAACAAAACCAGCAGCACACAAGGUCAGGCUCCAUUGGAUCCGUAUCCUCGAUUUCUUCCAACACAAGUCAAGAGGUUGCACAGAUUACGUCGCAUGCUGAGGAAAACGGCGAACGGAAGAUCGAAGAGCCGGUGGCUGUGCCAGCAGUACCUGUAGAGAAUGGAGGCCUUGCGGUACUACCGUUGAACCCGAAUAUGCCAGAGCCGUUCAUAGGCAGCAAUAUGCCCAUGUCCCCUGCAGACCUCCAUGGCAUGUGGUACCCCACAGUGAGGAGAACUCUGGUCUGUCUGUCCAAGCUGUUCAGGUGUGUCGAUAGGACAACUUUCCAAGGACUCUCUCAGGAGGCCCUUUCUAUGUGCAUACAGUCCUUGGUAGAGGCAACAGACAGCAUUAAGAAAAGAAAAAAUUCAGAGAUAGAUGGGGAGCUCUUUCUAAUCAAACACCUGCUGAUUCUUCGAGAACAGAUUGCACCAUUCCACAUAGACUUUGCAGUAAGAGAGACAGCUUUAGACUUCAGUAAACUCAAAGAUGCUGCCUAUGGUUUGAUGCAUCAUAAAUCGAUGAUGUUUGCUCUGAACAGAAACAAUGCUUUCCUGCAAUUUCUGCUUGAAGGAUCUCCACAAGUCACUGAACAUUUCUUGGACUCGAAGCGUGAAGUGGACACACAGCUGAAGAAAAGUUGCGAGGAUUUCAUUCGCUAUGUGUCGGACACAGUGGCAGGCCCACUGCACUCUUUUCUCACCAAGGCUGAAGUAAUAGUAAAACAUGGCCAAGGGGACACUGGGCAGAAGAUUUCUCUAAGACAACAGCCUUUUGCCAGCCCUGAGAAAGUCCACGAAGCAGUGACCCAGACCUACAAACACCUGAAACAGAAAAUACCAAGCAUACAGAAAAGCAUGAUGCUCUAUCUGGCCAAUAGAGACACAGAACACAUUCUCUUUAAACCAAUCAAAGUCAAUAUCCAGCAUGCUUUCCAGCAGCUUCACACAAUUCUCAGUGAGAACUAUUCAGAAGAAGAUCAACAGAUCAUUGGAUGUCCUUCACUUGAUCAGGUGAGUAUGAGUUUUCUUUAUAGGAAUCGGGUUAAAUUUUCAUGCUAUAGGCUAUAAAAAUAUCAAUUGUCUGGUCCGUCUCCCAUACCAGGAAG